GCCGGGACACGCGAGGCUGUUGACUGAGUGUUUUUACCAGCGGGAAGUGCAACCGUGCUUAAACGCCACACUUCAGAGCUCCAUAGAAACCGGGCCAGGCCAACGAGAGUUUUAUUAAAACGCGAUGGAGUUUUGAUAAGGGUUUAAUUCUUCACUCGAGCCGAGUGAUUGGGACUGGAGAUUUUAUUGCCGAGCCCGUCUCGCUGACAAUGUUAAAUUGCCGUUUUAAUUAAAGCGAGCAGCGCCUCCGAAUCUUUCAGGAAAUUACUCUCUAAUCAUUGUUCUGCGCUUCUGAUAUGCGGACUGUUGCCUCGCAACUCUCUCCCGAGCUUUCCAUUUCACACCAGGUCGCGAAGGGGAGGGUGAAUCACUACUUUUUAAAAAAAAAAUAUUAAAAGCGUCGCGGUCCGAUUUGGGAGCCGCUGUUAAUCCACGGCUCGGCAUGAAACAAGCUGCAAACUGUGGAUCGUCUCUGAACCCCUCUGGGUAUAACCUGAUGGUAAAGAUGUACCUGCCAGAUGCGGGUCAUGACAAUAUCCUGAAGGAAGGCAAACAUGGGACCUGGGGGACUCUGACCCCCGGUGUACAGAAAGGUAGUGGCCAAAUCCAGCUGUGGCAGUUCCUCUUGGAGCUAUUGUCCGAUGGCUCCAACGUCAACUGCAUCACGUGGGAAGGUGCCAAUGGCGAAUUCAAGCUCAUUGAUCCAGACGAGGUUGCCAGGAGGUGGGGGGAGAGGAAGAGCAAGCCCAACAUGAACUACGACAAGCUGAGCCGGGCGCUUCGGUAUUACUACGACAAGAAUAUCAUGACCAAAGUCCAUGGCAAGCGCUACGCCUACAAGUUCGACUUCCACGGCUUAGCUCAGGUCUGCCAGCCCUCUGCCGCCGAGCACACGCUGUACAAGUUCCAGAGCAACUUGGCUCACCUCCCCUUCUCGGGCAUCCCCAAACUCAACCUCGUGACGUCCAACGUCUCCCCCUCAGGAUUCUCCUAUUGGCCAGGCUCCGGUCCCGCCCUCUACCCCGGCCACGGCCUGCAGCCCCCAACCCAUUUCAGUCCGGUCGGCGGGUCUCACCUCGGCAGCAUCGGCAACAUCGCUGGCAUCAACAACAUGAACAACCACUAUCAUUGAGGGGGAGGUUCAUGUUUCGCAGGGUGUGGGUCACCAGGCUGCCAGAAAAGCCCCAUUUUUGCACCAGACCAAUUAAAUCCUGAUCAAAUCCCAAAAUGCAAAGCAGAGAUCUCUCACACACACACACACACACACACAAUUAGCAGCUUGCAAACUGAGACCCCAACAAGGCAGAGCUGUCUCUCGUCAGUGACAACACCACUUGGCAAUCCCAGUAUUCGGUUUCUGCAUCACUUGGAGCCUCUCUUAGAGUCACAGACUGAAAGAGCAAAGACAGAGGCCAUUUGGCCCAUUGGCUGUGCUACUGCUCUUUGAUAGACAUUUCCAGUGAUGCCCUGGCUAACCCCACAAUUGCAUUCCCCUCCCCGUAUAUAUCUGACGCUAUUUUAAAUGUGACUACUGAAUCUGCUUUCUUUCAGGCAGGACAUUCUGCAUCAUAACAUUUGACUGCAUGAAUAAAAUUCACUCCCGAUCCCCAGUGACUCUCAAAUCUGCGUCCUCUGGUCACUGACCUUCCUAUAAAUAGAAAUGUUUUUUUCUUAGCAAUUCUAAUGGAAUACUUCAACCAAAAUCUCCUAAAUUUACUUUGUAGUAGGGAGAAUCACUGUGGUUUCUCUAGUCAACCCAUUGUAAUCACAGAGGUCCCUCAUCCCCAGAAUUAGAGACACGAAUGAUGUUCUAAAACAUGGACACGCCAAGUGAGGCUCAUUUUGAAAUGUCUUCCUUAUUUUUGGUUUAAGAAAGCCAAUGGCUGCUGAUGUUUCUCACUCUGGGGAGAACGGGGUUUGAUCCCCCUUACGUCACUGCUCUCCAGGUUAAUCGCUUGGCUUCACAACCUUGGUGUGGUAAUGCUCAAAAAGAAAUUUACACAAACGCGUCCUUUAAAUUCCUGAAGCUUGAGCAUCAACGCCGAUGUUGGUGACCAAAGACUUAAUGCUAUCCUGCAAAAUCCCACUGUUUUGACAAGGCUGGUGUGGGAGGGGUUGACCAUGUGGAUUAACCCCUGUUGUUAGACUGGCAGUGCUGAACCUGACACUGACAUGGCUGCUACUACUGGUGUAAAUAUGUAUACACUAAUUCUGACCAUGUCCUAGUGACUUUUGAUGAUUCAGAAUACCUUUCUGGACAUUUUAUUCCUCUAAAUGUUUGACUGCUGUUGGCAAAAAAAAUGUGCUUUCAAAAGAGCCAUCUACUUGGGGGGCGGGGGUUAGUGUUUAGCUAUGGUAAUGUAAAAUGGAGAAAAAACAGGAGAUUGGCACUAGGUAAUCACACCAGGAUAGGCAUAAUGGGCCAAAUGGCCUCUUUCUGCACCAUAACAGGUCUGUGGUUUCUGUAAAAAUAGGUCAGAACAAAUCAAAAGCCGGUUUGUUGCUCUCACUCAGUUUCCUCUAUUGUUUGCUGCCAUCCUUUCUUGUAAUCCUACCACAAGGUCUACUCCACCUCGAGGAGUUGCUCAUUUCCGAGUGUUUUAAAUAUUCUUUAUCCUUUCAGUCAUUGUCUUUCUAACCUCAUACCUGAUUGAGAAAAAUCAGUGAGGUUAGAUUAGAUUCCCUACGGUGCGGAAGCAGGCCCUUCGGCCCAACCAGUCCACACA